UGUUCAUCAUUAGGCACCAAUGACUAAAACAGUAUUUUCCCCCUUGGUUUCUCCCGAGGACGUCUAUUAGUUUGCGCGCUUCAAACUUUUCUUGUUCCCACUCAAUUUUCUAAGGAGUCUUGCCCUUACUUGAUCGGACUUUGUUUCAAGGAAUUCUUCAAAAUCGAAGUUUUUUAAAGUAAUGCUGUACUGCCUUUGUGCAAAGAAUCGAAUGGCGAAAAAUUUGCCCAAGUAGUUUAUCCCAUUUUGACAGCCAUUUUUAAUGGUAAAUUAAGUUAAUAAUUUUUCUUAUUUCAGCGGGAAAACAUCGAUCAUCAGUAUUGUGCUAAGGAUUGAGAACACAGACAUGCAGGAUCCAAUGGCCUGUGACGUAAUCAUGACGUAUUGAGCAAGGGAAUGACAAGCUGAUCAGCCAGAUUCUUGUACGCUUCGAAUCAAAUAUUCUUAUUAAGUUGUGCUUAUGAAAACAUUUAAUAACUUAGUUGAACAUUGAGGUAGGCAUUUAUCUUCUGUGCUGGAAAAGGGGCGAAAAUUWGUCUAAGUUUAUUGUACUCGAUUGAAGAAUUGAUAUCACAUGUCAGGUUAAUGACACCGCUCUAUAGCUAGAAGUUGGUACCUAGCGAUCUCGUCAUGAAGGGGCAUAGCAUUUUAUUGCUCAUGUUUGUGCUCUUUAACUCAUAUUUUUGUCGUCCAGAGGAUCCAGAAUACAAAUUAUGUGAACUCAAAGCCCACCCUGUUUUUGGAAAGAAGGAAAAAGUGCAUAUUUUAAGAGGAUAUGGAGGAAUAUGUAAAGGAUGUGACCUAUUGAAAAACUGUACCACUUUUGAUGGAAGUAUUCAGAUCCAAGGUUUUCAUCAAGUACUCAACGGUGAUUUGAAGAAAGAACUGCACUUUCCAAAGCUUACUGAAAUAACUGGGCAUUUAUUAAUCUCUCUGCUGUAUAAAGUUAAAGAUUUAGAGAGUAUAUUUCCCAAUCUUGCUGUUAUUCGAGGAAACCAUUUGUUUCUAGACUACGCUUUGGUGAUCUACCAAAAUGAUGGCCUCAACCAAAUCAACUUGCCUUCACUCACAACCAUCUUGAGUGGCGGAAUUCGUAUCGAGAAAAACAUAAACCUAUGCUAUGUCAAAACAAUAAGAUGGAAGUCUAUCAUGAAAAUGAAUUCAGAAGAUCCUUAUUCAUUAGUAACUACUUCGAAUAACAACGACUGUUAUGAUUUGUGCUACAAAGGCAAAUGUUUCCCUCCUGCUGGACACGGAGACUCGGGAAACCAGUAUUGUUGGGGGUCAGGAACUGUCCAUGAUUACUCUUGCCAAAGAUUGUGUGACAUGAAAUGUGGAGAUGCUGGAUGYGUGAAAGGACAGAAUAACUUAUGUUGUCAUCCGCAAUGCCUUGGGGGCUGCUCCAAGAUAAACUCUCCUUUCCACUGUUAUGCCUGUAAGAAUUUGCGUUUGAAUACUGGAAAAUGUGUCAGUAAAUGUCCACCUGAAUUACUGGAGGUUGAUAAUUUCAGGUGUAUUCCUCCUCCUUGUCCAAAGCUUUAUAACAAGCUUGAUGGAAGCUGUGUUAAAGAAUGUCCUGCAGGAUAUGCAAAAGAAGGGAAUGUCUGUGAAAAGUGUCUUGAGCAACGGUGCCCAAGAGUUUGUAGUGUGAAACAAUCAGCAAUAAAUAGUGAUGAAGGAAAACCAAUAAUUGACUCCCUGAAUUCAUUGAGAGAAUACAAAGGCUGUACAGAAAUAGAUGGAACUCUCGAAAUCAGAAUAAGAGGAGGUGGUGCAACAAUCUACAGGGAUCUAGAAGAAAAUCUUGGCAUGAUAGAAAAAGUUAAGGGAUAUGUCUUGAUUCGACAGUCGUUGUCUUUGGUGUCUUUAAAGUUUCUUAAAAACUUAAAGAUUAUUGAACCUAGAAAGACGUUCAGCAUUACAGAGAAGAAAAUGGUUCCCUUUUUGUAUAAUAACAGAUAUGCAUUGACAAUCAUGGAGAACCCAAAACUGGAAGCCAUGUGGGAUUACUUUCCUAAUUUUACUAUUAAACAUGGAGGUUUAUUGGUGCGCAUGAAUCCUAGGCUUUGUACAAAUAAAAUUGAACCUUUGAUUGAUGUCUUGAAAUGGAACAACUCAAGUAAUGGACAAAAUAUUGAUGUAUCUCAGACAACUAAUGGCAAUGAUGUAGCUUGUGAAGUAGAGACAAUAAACAUGACAGUGAGAGAGAUCAUAAAGCCUUCAUUCAUGCAGCGAUGCUCACAUAUUUGCAUAGAAGUAAAAUGGAAUGAAGUGAGAAUUGAUGAAGAUUAUCGUAAUGUGCUGUUUUACACCAUAUCCUAUAGAGAAGCGCCAAACACAGAGAUUACUCAAUUUGAUGAUGUUGGUGCUUGUAGCAACCAAGAUGUGUGGAAAAGAGUUGAUGUCUCUGUCAGAGCCCAAGAAAUGAUAAAUGCAAGUGGCAACAGCUAUGGUUCAUUUCGAGACCACAGUAGAGUUAUUAGUACCCUGAAGCCAUAUACACUCUAUGCUUUUUAUGUGGAGGUUGUAACGCUGAAUAAGAAAGGAGCAAGAAGCAGCCUAAAGUUCCUGAAAACCCGGGAAAUGGUUCCUUCAGCUGUUGUUGGUUUAGAAGUCAGUUACUUGGAUCCUCACUCACUUCUUGUCAAAUGGCAGCCACCUCUCUUCCCUAAUGGUAACAUAACCAAGUAUGUGAUUAAGUAUCAAGAGAGUCAAUACUCUGUGUGGGAACAAGGAAACAUUGAUUGGUGUAUCAGGCAGGCAUUACCAAGUAGGAGAGUUAGAGUUGAAGAUAACAAGAAAGAUGAAAACAAUGAAGGAAAAUGUAACAUCACUUGUGACUGUAACAAAGAGAAAGAAGUUGUUCGACCAGAAAAACAAGCUGCUAUUUUUGCUAAGGAAUUCCAAGAUGCAUUAUUCAGGACGAUCUUUACCAAGGAUAAAGAUGACAAUCCCUCACCCACAACCAACAGGACUACGAUCAUACCAACCACAGAAAUGUUAUUACUGAAUAGAACAAAUUGUUCAAGGGAACAACAGGAAAGUGGUCUGUGUGGUACUUCAACAUCUCCUACUUCUAGUGCAAACACAGCAUCUGGUGUAUCAACCAGUUCACUGGUUUCACCCACUGGUAAUCUAACCACCACUGAUGCUGGAGGCAGUGGUGAGGUAACCCCUACAUUUGUUACUCCUACUACAGCUAUACCAAUAUUGACAGAAGUGGUGGAUGGAUCCAAGGCAGAGCUACGUUUAACUGGACUGAGGCAUUUUACAGAUUACACCAUCAUGGUCUGUGCUUGUACGAAGGUACGAUGUGCACAAGACACUGCUUGUUCAAGUACUAAGGGUCGUACUGGCAGGAAAGCUUUUGCAGAUAAUCUCGGGGGACCAGCAACAGUGAUAGUUCAAAAUAACACAAAAAGGUACAACAUAUCAUGGAUUGCACCCAAGGACCCUAACUCUGUGGUGCUGAAGUAUGACAUUGAAAUAUUCCAACCAUCCCGAGAAAAACCAGAAGUAGCUUGUCAGCUUGCAAAACAACCAACAUGGAUUGAAAGAGUUGGUAUUGUGGGUAACUACAGUGCACGUAUAAGGGCUAUAACACCUGCUGGCAAUGGAUCAUGGAGUAAUACUGUGUAUUUUGCUAUUUCUGAGGAAACGAAAGAAAUUAAUAAAAAUGCAUUAGUAGAGAAGGGUACAAAUGUUGGAGUGAUAAUAGGAGCAAGCUUAGCUGCCUGUAGUUUUAUAAUUCUAGCGUGUGGAGUUGUAAUUUGGUACAUUACACGGAAAAGAUAUAAGGCUAAGCAAACCCAUACUGUACUUUAUGCGUCAGUCAACCCAGAAUAUUUGAAUUCUACUGAUGUGUAUAUCGCUGAUGAAUGGGAAGUUCCUCGAGAUAAAAUAAAAUUGAUCAGAGAGCUCGGUCAAGGGUCGUUUGGGAUGGUGUUCGAAGGAGAAGCAUUGGAUAUUGUGAAAGACAAACCUAAGUGUCGAGUAGCAGUUAAGACUGUUAGUGAAAAUGCUUCAGUAAGAGACAGGAUCGAGUUUCUACAGGAAGCUUCCAUCAUGAAGGCAUUUCAUUGCCAUCACGUGGUUGAGUUACUUGGUGUUGUGUCUGAUGGACAACCAACUCUGGUCAUCAUGGAACUUAUGCAUAAUGGUGACCUAAAAAACCACUUACGAUCAAGAAGACCAGAGGAAGGUGGUGAACUGCCUCCACCAACGCUGCCAGAAAUGUUACAAAUGGCAGGAGAAAUAGCAGAUGGGAUGGCUUAUCUAGCUUCACGAAAGUUUGUGCACAGGGAUCUUGCUGCUCGCAACUGCAUGGUAAACGAAAACCUGACGGUUAAGAUUGGAGAUUUUGGAAUGACCCGUGAUAUCUACGAGACAGACUAUUACAGGAAAGGAGGCAAAGGCUUAUUACCUGUACGUUGGAUGGCUCCUGAAUCCCUUAAGGAUGGUAUUUUCUCGUCUCCAUCAGAUGUCUGGUCAUAUGGUGUAGUGUUGUGGGAGAUGGCAACUCUUGCUUCCCAACCCUACCCCGGCAAGUCCAAUGAAGAAGUUUUGAAAUUUGUUGUUGAUGGUGGUGUAAUGGAUAAACCAAUGGAUGCUCCCAAUGAAUUAUAUGAUUUGAUGACAUUAUGCUGGCAACAUAGCCCCAAAGCAAGACCAACAUUUCUCACUAUCAUUCACAUGAUAGAAGACAGCCUGUCCAAUGAAUUCAAGACCAAAUCAUUUUACUCCAAUCUUUCUCGCGACCACUUACAGGAAAUGUUAAAAUUUAGGAGUUUUCAUAUCCCAAGACAACGAGCAGAAACCAUCCAAACAGAGGCUGAAUCAAGCGCAUAGUUGCUGAAUACUUCAUUUUACAGGUUCAUUCAUUGAACACAAAUAAAAGUUCCAAGUCAAGGUUGGAGUUGUCACGCAUUUCAAAACUAUGGUUUAUCAUGUAUGGCAACUCCAACCUCAACUUGGAACUAUUAUUUGUGGUCCCUGAAAGGAACUGUAAAGAGGAGUAUUGAAUGAUUUCAGAGAAGCCAUAUAAAACUGACCAUUUCAAUUGCAUGUAUUAGAGCAUAAUCAAUUGAUUUGUUCUAUAUCAACUGAGGAAACCCAACUGAGACAGUGCCCUCUGUUUGUGCUGUUUUACUGCAGCUACAUUUGUCUUCAUAUGUAUAUGCUGAAUUGUAUCAAAGAAUAUUGAAAUCAUUUUGACUGAAGACAAUCAUCUGGGUUCCUUCCCUAUGUAGGUGUGUACUCACAGAAAUGCAAUGAACRUUACCACUUGGGAGCGGGAGAGUACAUUGAUGAAUGACCAAUCAGGAUUUAUGAAGUUUGGCACACAUGCAUGUAUAUAUAAUUAUGCUCGUUGUCCAUUAUUUUCAUUGAUAUCACUCCUCAUUUGAGUACUGAAAUUAAGAUCGUUUUGAUUUCAUCACCAUUAUAUUUAGAAUUUGUUAAAAAAUAUACAUCAUUGCGAAGGCUGAAUGUUCACAUGAAGUAAUUGAUCUCUUGAUCCAUGAAUUAUAAGAAAUUGAGACAUUCUCUUGUCUUUACAUUACUGCAUGUGAAACAAAACAAACAAACCCAAUUAAUGCAGGCUUACUUGUGCUCACCCGAUUAGAAACAUAUUCAUUUUUUCUUGCAUUGAUAACUCAUAAACUUAUUAUAUCCUAUAUACAGUAACGAUCCAUUCUUCUUCCCAGGAGCGAUUAUAAUUAUUUCCUUCUUUGCCAGGGUUUUAUCGAAGUGUUAACAUGUUUGGACAGCACAGAAUGAGUAGGGGCUGGUGACUGUCACUAGAAUUUACCAGUCAAUAAUGAGGGUAUCAUAUUUUAAGAUUGCAUUAUGGAUUUGAAAGAUUCCAUGAUUUGAAUUGGAAGUUGUACAUUUUAAAAUUUAAGGUUGCUAAGCAAUAUCAAAUCAAUGUAAUGCAUUGUACAUAGAUUAUAAUACAACUCUAGAAUAAAAUAAAUCUUGUUUAUGUCAAAUGA